AUGCUUUCGCUGCUCGUCGUCUCCCUUGUGGUAUCUGCCGGUGCUGCCCCGAAGUACUCGGACUCGAUGGCGAGAAACUUCAUGCUUCCACUCAGCGCUGCCGCCUACUCGGACGACCCGCAGCAAUGUCUUACUCGACUGUUCCCUAAUGCAACAGUUUACCGUCAACGCACUGUUCAGUGCGAUGCGUUCAAAAAGGACACCUGCUCCGGGUUCACUGCCGUCCUCCACCCUCAGAAGGCGAUUGUAAUGAGUUUCAGAGGUACAACGCGUUUUCUUCAACUGCUACAAGAAAUUACCAAGACGGUUUUCGUCAAUCUGCAAAAUAUGGAGCGCUGGUAUGAAUGUACGGACUUCUUUGAAUUGAGGAGCUCGUACCCCGACUACGAAAUUUGGAUUACUGGCCACUCCCUGGGAGGAUCCAUUGCAUCUCUAGCGGCUUCGUUUCUGGUUGGGUCGCGCGCUGUAAACUCGAGCCAAGUCAAGCUGAUCACUUUCGGACAGCCCAGGACCGGGGAUAUCCACUUCUCUACAACUCACGAUGAUCAGUUGGAGUACUCAUUCCGCGUGACUCACUGGCGAGAUAUUGUCCCUCAUAUUCCUCUCGGGCCAAUUGGAGGAUACUUCCACCACCGACAAGAGGCUUUCUACAAAAACAAAAUGGAUCCAAGCGAGGUCACAAUCUGCGAGAGUAGGGUUUUUCUCAUCUAA